AUGGAACCCAACCAAGAGGAAAUGGGACGAUGCAGGGUGGAAAUGGAACCAUGCAAGGUGGAAACGGAACCAUGCAAGGUGGAAAUGGCACCAUGCAAGGUGGAAAUGGAACCAUGCAAGGCGGGAAUGGUACCAUGCAAGGUGGCAAUGGGACCAUGCAGGGUGGAAAUGGAACUAUGCAAGGUGGAAACAGGACCAGAAACCAGUAAAGACACGGCGAAGCAUCGGCGGUCUCUGUCAAGCAAUGCUGCCAGCCCAUCACACUUUCUUCAUGAGCGACUUUUUGCCAUCACUCUGGCAAUGGAAAUGCGAAAUGGAACAAAUGGAACAGCUGGUACCGGUAAUGGUACCAUGAACGCUGGUUGUGUGAAUGGAACCAUGACCGGCGGUCGAAACGGUACCAUGUACGGAGCUGGCAACGGAACAAUGUCAGGCGGUGGAAACGGAACCAUGUAUGGCAGCGGAAAUGGGACCAUGUCAUGUGGUAAUGGAACAAUGACGGGAGGUAGCACAAACACAACACAGGGUGGUGGCAGAAACGCAACACAAACUGGUGGAGGUGGAAAUGGGACCAGAGGAAAUAGAAGUCUCGGCAUGGUCGAAAACCAGUAUCCGUUCCCUCCUUACUACUAUUAUGGGUACUACUACUAUUAG